AGUGUCAGUGGGAACAGUUGGUGGAACAAGGAAGGAGAGAAUCAGUGCAUGAACAGCACAGAAGAUAAUUUUGCUUUUCAGGGAUGAUGUGGAGGGACACUUUGGGAGUUACUAACCUUGACGGCAUGGAUCAUUCUGUGCUCAGAGGGGAGAUGUCAGCAGUGCUUCAUGACAGAUCUCUAGUGGAAGAGGAAGAUCCUCACAUGAAAGUAUCUCUUGGUAGCAGCGAUAUGGGCGUGUCUACCCAUUUACAGUCUUCAAAGACAGGGACCACACGAUUUUUCACCAGCAACACUCAUAGUUCUGUGGUAUUACAGGGUUUUGACCAGCUGCGAAUAGAAGGUUUACUUUGCGAUGUGACGCUAGUACCAGGCGAUGGUGAUGAAGUAUUUCCCGUUCACCGAGCUAUGAUGGCAUCAGCUAGUGAUUACUUCAAGGCUAUGUUCACAGGUGGAAUGAAGGAACAAGAUUUAAUGUGCAUUAAGCUUCAUGGUGUGAACAAAAUAGGUCUGAAGAAGAUUAUUGAUUUCAUUUACACUGCAAAACUUUCUCUUAACAUGGACAACCUUCAGGACACUCUAGAAGCAGCCAGUUUUUUGCAGAUUUUACCUGUUUUGGACUUCUGUAAAGUGUUUCUGAUCUCUGGGGUUUCUUUGGAAAAUUGUGUUGAGGUUGGGCGGAUUGCCAAUACGUACAAUCUCACAGAAGUGGAUAAAUAUGUUAAUAAUUUCAUCCUGAAGAACUUCCCCGCAUUAUUAAGUACUGGUGAGUUUGUGAAACUCCCCUUUGAACGUCUUGCCUUUGUGCUUUCAAGCAAUAGCCUUAAGCACUGCACUGAGCUCGAACUGUUCAAGGCUGCUUGUCGCUGGCUACGGUAUGAGGAGCCUCGAAUGGAAUAUGCUGCAAAACUAAUGAAGAACAUCAGAUUUCCACUGAUGACACCACAGGAUCUUAUUAAUUAUGUACAAACAGUGGAUUUCAUGAGAACUGACAAUACAUGUGUGAAUUUGCUUUUGGAAGCCAGCAAUUACCAAAUGAUGCCGUACAUGCAGCCAGUCAUGCAGUCCGAGAGAACUGCCAUUCGAUCAGACAGUACUCACUUAGUAACAUUGGGGGGAGUGUUAAGGCAGCAACUGGUUGUCAGCAAAGAAUUACGGAUGUAUGAUGAAAAGGCACAUGAAUGGAAAUCAUUAGCUCCCAUGGAUGCACCAAGAUACCAGCACGGCAUUGCUGUGAUUGGAAACUUUCUUUAUGUAGUUGGUGGACAGAGCAAUUACGACACGAAAGGAAAAACAGCGGUUGACACAGUCUUCAGAUUUGAUCCUCGCUAUAAUAAAUGGAUGCAAGUUGCGUCUUUAAAUGAAAAGCGUACCUUCUUCCACCUAAGUGCCCUCAAAGGACAUUUGUAUGCAGUUGGUGGUCGAAAUGCAGCGGGUGAACUAGCCACAGUGGAAUGUUACAAUCCAAGAAUGAAUGAAUGGAGCUAUGUUGCAAAAAUGAAUGAGCCCCACUAUGGUCAUGCUGGAACUGUGUAUGGGGGAUUAAUGUAUAUUUCAGGCGGAAUUACCCAUGAUACUUUCCAAAAAGAACUUAUGUGCUUUGACCCCGACACAGACAAAUGGACUCAGAAGGCUCCAAUGACAACAGUCAGAGGUCUGCACUGCAUGUGUACUGUUGGAGACAAGCUUUAUGUUAUUGGCGGAAAUCACUUUAGAGGAACAAGUGAUUAUGAUGAUGUUCUAAGCUGUGAAUAUUAUUCACCCACCCUAGACCAGUGGACUCCAAUUGCUGCUAUGUUACGUGGGCAAAGUGAUGUUGGGGUUGCUGUCUUUGAAAAUAAAAUCUACGUUGUUGGAGGGUACUCUUGGAAUAAUCGUUGUAUGGUGGAGAUAGUCCAGAAAUAUGACCCGGAAAAGGAUGAGUGGCACAAGGUCUUUGACCUCCCAGAAUCACUUGGUGGCAUUCGAGCCUGCACUCUUACAGUUUUCCCACCAGAAGACAACACAGGGUCACCUUCUAGAGAGUCACCUCUUUCGGCACCUUAAAAAAAUCCUUUGACUUACGGUGUUGUGGUAAUACCUUUGCACUGCAUCAUGGAGUGUCUCAUUUUUCUUCAGUAGUAUCUGUUAGGCUUAGCCUACAGCAAUUGGUACAGUUACUGAGGGAGGAAAAAGAAAGACUUUGACAUUACUUGUGCUGUUUGUUUGGCCUAGAAUGUUUAUUGAGUGGUUAACAAAGAUUAUGGGAAAAUGUACUCAACAGAGCCAAAUCUUUAACAAGUGAGAAACAAGAUAUUGUCUAUAAAAUAUAUGAAUUAGGUACGUUUUUAAUGUUGUGUAUUGGGUGUGAGGUACCUUACAACUUACAUUAGGAAGCCCAGUAAGUCAAAUUGGAAGGGGUUGCAGUGAACGUGUAAUUAUGUUCACUAAACUUCAUAUUUGAAAGUCUUUCUUCCUUUCAUCUUUGAUUGCAGAUUUUAAAGGGAGGCAGCCUGCACCCAUGUGAACUCUGACAAAAGGUUGCCAGCAGGCCUGAGCUACCUCCCUCUUUUCACAGAGUAUUUUUGACAUAUCUCUUUACUGCCCAGCUGGGUGGGUGCUUUAAGAGCAUAUGGAGUUUCUUCGGCAGACAGGAGAAAUCAAAUAAUAAUUUAAAAAAAUUAAUAUUAUGCAACAGGUGGACCCUGUGUAGGCCCGGGGUUUUUUAAUAACAUAUAUUGAGGGUUUUUUCCCUGACUCAAUUAAGUGACACUUCAAACAGAAGACUUAAAAUGUUUGGGCUUUUUAAUUUUUGGUCUCUUCCCCCUCCCCCACACACCCAGUAAUCAGCUUCUGCUUGUAAGGGAGCCUAAGCUAUUAAUAAAUUGGAAUUCAGUACAGUUGUAUGACCUGUUGUAUGCCUGUAUUGAGUUAUGUGGAUAAGGGCUAGAAAUGUUAAUUCAAGCCACUACAUUUGACCAAAUUGUUCCUUCAGAUCAAAUUUAAUCUAAUUUUUCUCCUUUGCUGUUGAGAUAACUUACAUAUUACAUGUCCUCUGUAGAGUCUCAGUUAAUAAGGUUAUUUAGCACAAAGUGCAGCUUCAGCAGGAGAGCUGCUUUUUGCUCAGUGAACUCAGACUACCAUGUUUUACCUUCUUUUGUUCA